CGCUCCUCCGCCGCCAUGUGGAGCCGGAGGCGGUGCCGGGCCCGGGCCGGCGGCCGCGGCCUGGAGGAGCUUCGCGCUCGGCGGCGGGAGCGAGAGGCAGUUCUCAGGAAGGCCCGGCGGCAGGAGCAGCUGGUCAGCAAGAGGCUUCUGCGGGAAGACCCUGUGGCAGAGGGUGGGCAGGAUGGAGUGGAGAUCGUGCCAGACCCCCUCACGGAGGAGGAGGUUUUGGGACUGCUUAGAGGUGUGCAGAGAGGUUCGGAGGACAGGAAAAGAUCGCUGAGCCGCCUCCGCUGGGCUCUGCAGAAUAAGGAGACACAGCAAAAAUUUGUCAGGCUGGAUGGCAGUGUUCGGGUGCUCAUUGGACUGUUCACCAGCAGCCUGGCUGACAUGCAGAUGGAGGCAGCUCGCUGUCUCCACGAGCUCUCCCACUCCAGUGACCCUGCUGUGGCUGAGGCAUGUCUACCAGUGACCUCUUAUCUCCUGACCUACCUCUCGGGACACAGCGUUGAGUUUAUGGAGCUGUGUUUGUAUACGCUGGGGAACCUGGUAGUAGAAAGCGAGGCCGUGAGGAAACAGCUUCUGCCUCAGGGCAUUAUUCCAGCACUGGCAUCCUGCAUCCAGUCCCCACAUGAGGCUGUGCUGGAAGGUUUGGGCUACGUCCUGUCGCAGCUGCUCCAAGCCAAGGAAGCCCCCACAGAGAUUGUACCCUUGGUUCUGGACUCUGGUCUCCCCCAGCACAUGCUUCGACUGGUUUGCUCUGGCCUCAAGUCUGGAACAGGAGCUGCUGUGGAGUUUGCCUGGUGUCUCCACUACAUCAUUUGUAGCCAUACAGCCAACACGGCGUUGCUAUCCCUGGGGGCUAUUCCUGCUCUUGCCUCACUCUUGCUCGACUUGGCCUCUGAAAUCUCCCAAAACGCUUCCGAGGGCCUGGAGCUGCUCGUCUGCCCGGUGCUGCGGUGCCUUAGCAACCUGCUUGCAGAGGAGACGGUGGGCUGCAAAGACCAGAUCCAGGAUGAGCGCCUGCUCAUGGCCCUGUUCAUAAUCCUGCGAUGCUUCUUCCAGGAGCACCCAUUCAUUGUGCAAGAGUGUCUCUGGCUGUUGAAUAACCUUACGGCGGAUGAGCCCUUCUUCUGCUCUGCUGUGCUUGGUCUGGACCUGCUCCCGGCCCUGCUGCAGCUCCUGCCCUGUUCCCAGACAGUGAGCGUGUUGGUCCUGACCGUGCUGUGCAAUAUAGCGGAGAAGGGGCCAGCCUACUGCCAGGAGCAGCACCGGCAGGGGAUGAUUCCCCCACUGCUGGGCACCCUCACGCUCACUGACUCAGAAGUGGUGGGGCAAUGUCUCGAGCUGCUGCACCUUCUCUUCCUGCACCGGCCAGAGGCUGCUGUUGACUUUGUCAGCCAAGGAGGACAUCAAGCCCUUGAGCAGCAUCAGAGCACCCCAGAACUCCAGGAGCGAGUGCGAGCACUGCUGGACAUGGCCUUGCAGCCAGCAGGAGCCUCUGCUGUCAGUACCACGCAGGCAGCACUGCCUGCUCUCUCCUAGGUGAUGCUGUCUCCCUUCCCUCCACCUGCCCUUGUGCUACAAGGAGGAAUGAAGUGUGCUCUACUCUCACACGCACCAUUGACCUAGGGAUGGUUAGGGGUCUAACAGCCAGCUGUAAACCCCAGCACAGGGCUGUUGGUCCCAGAUGAGAGUCCUUAGCAAAGUAUGGCUGUUCUCCAUGCUCUCUCCCCAAGGUAUUCGCAGUCAGCUAGUCGGACCUAAGUCCGGCAGGUUCCUCCAUGCUUCAUUGUGUGCAGCCAGGGCAGAGCUGUGCUGCAACCAAUGCAGAAAGGCUCUCACUUCUGGUAUGGUGGCGUAUAAGCCUUGCUGGAUUUGCUGGUUUACUCCAGUGUCUCCUUUAGUCACUGCAGUUUUAAGCCCAACACACACAGCUCAGGGUAAGCAUAUGCCUUUAUGAGAUUAAUAACUUAAUGAUAGACACGUUUAACAUUAAAGCUUAUCAGAAAAGUCA